AUGAGAGACUUGACGAGGGAUAUCGUCAGGGGCCUGACGGUCCUGGAAAUGGAGACCGUUAAUUUGACCAACACCUGUCUCAAUCAUGCUUCUAUUGAAGACAAAUCUAUUACAUAUGCCGAUACUGUGUUCCCAACGUUUACAUUUCUAUCUGGCAUGUCUUACACCCCAUGGCGCCGAAGUGCUUGUUUAGUGGGCCUGGGUCUGGCGUAUAACUCGAUUUCCGUCAUUUAUCGUGGCAAUUCGUUCCAGCCAAGAUUCUUGGGUGUGCUACAGCGAACUGGUUUGAGUUCUUUAUUGUUUAAUGCUGGGGUUUCUCCUAAUUCUGAUAUUAGAUACUUCGGAUACCCAGUAGUAGCCACUGGUCUGUGGACUAUAGUAUCGACGCUUCUUGCUGAUGAUAGUUCACACCCGUUUGCCGACCCGUCGACUUCGGCUCAGACUAAGAUCGAUACUUUUGUUUUCAGCUCGCAUUCGCUGUAUAAGAAGGAAUACGAUCCAGAGGGUCUGUUAGGCUGUGUCAUGACCUCGGUCACUAUGUGGCUUGGUUCCUGGUAUAUCAGCAGCAAACUGAGUCCAAUCGAGUCUCUUUUGACUGGUGGAUCGCUGGCAUCGCUUGGAAUUCUGUUAUCGAAAGCAUUUCCCCAGUAUGUUCCUAUUUCCAAACCAUACUGGUCACCUACUUUCACGUUAGUAGCAGGCGGUUACUCUAUUGUCAAGUACUCGUUAAUCGAGCUGGCAAUUCCAUAUUUACCCGACUUCAUCAGCUAUGGAUUAGAAUGUUUAGGUCGUCGAUCUAUUGAAGUAUAUUUCUCGUCUGCUAUUUUGCACUCGAUACUUCACAAGUUCGGGGUUGACAGCUUUGUCAAGAGCAAGCUUGCCAAGUACAUCGGCGAGAGAGGCUCUGACCUGGCAUACGUCUCUCUUUCUAAUGCAUUCAUGAUCCUCGCUGCUGUGCAAUUCGUCGAACACGGCAUCCGUCUCAGAUUCUAG